AUCCCUCACUUGAAAAAAAAAGAAGUGGAGCAGGUCCGCCUCUCCUCGACGCUACUGGACCUCCAGAGCGACGGCGUCGGCGGAAACUGGGCGCAGUCGGAUCUUGCACCGCGUCAGGUUCUGUAGGAUUCUAUGACGGGCGAAGCAGCAGCACAUGAGGCGCCACCAGCGUCGCCGGUGUUGUUCGACGAGGAGAAAGCUCGUCGCAGCUUCUUGGAUUUCAUGACCAAGGUUACGCAGUACGAGGAGUUAGUUGAUGCAGGAAAAAGGUUUCUUGUGAAAUUUCAUCAGGAACUAGAACAUUUCCGAAGACCAAAGCUUCCCAUGGAAUCAGGUGCUCUCAGUGAGUUAGUUAAAUCUAACUACACUGACAGAAUGAAGUGCUAUCUUGAAGCUGGCUGCCACCUUCAGCACCAAAGUAUCCGGAAUAUUAACCAGUUACAGUCUUGUGAGGAGAAACUUGAGGACCACAUAAAUAAAGCUAAACUUUUGCUUGAGGAACUUCAGUAUCUGGCUGAACAUGUUUACAGCACUACGUUAACAGCCAACCUUGGUGUCAUAAGAUCUUCAAAUUAUUUUCAUGGUGAUAACAACCUGACAGAUGAAUGUUGUGAGGAUGAACAGCAGCCUGUGGAUCCGCUGGACAGUGCAGUAACUUAUUCAAGUGUUAUGAUUCUGGUUCACAACAUGUUAAAACUUGAUUAUUCAAUGCAGGAAAAGAUUGUGAAGGCAUUGUGCCUCAAAGCAUCAUCGUCGGAGCUAGCUAGCUAUUGCCUAAUGUGGGAUCUGCGACCCUAUGUUGAUGACAAUGUGAUGCAGCUUGCCUGGAAAUUUGUUCGGUAAAAGCUGAUGAUGCUUGAUGAUAAGCCGGUCAACAUGAACAGCUGCGCGUGAUAGACAACCAUUUUUUGUUCUUGCAAGCACCAACCUUUUAUACCACAUGGGGUGCCAACAUCAUUGCUUUGCCUCUUUAGCUUGGCAACAAUUACAUCAGAGCAAUAACCUCACCAUGUGAUGGUAACCGAUUAGUUUUGCCAUCUUAUCAAACUGAAUCAGCAUUUUCAGGGCCUGCAUACUGCAAAUCUCCAUGAUAUCAUCUGUCAUUGAUCUGUCUCCGACUAAGGUACAGAAAGAAUGAGUGUUUUGCGGCCGCGCUUCUGUCAUUCAUGAACCUGGCAAUGAUAUACUAUAACCCAGUUCUCCUGUUUUACUUUCA